GCACGAGAGGUAAUAAUCCCCUGCCAGGCCAUCACAAAUGUAGCCUGGUAGUCUGGCCCAAGGGCAACCCCGGAUUUGCUCCAGAUUUCGAUCGCAAUUUGGCUCAAGCGCUCCAAACAUAAGACGGACGGGCCCAGACCAGACCCGUCUUCUCCUCACCCGACCACGGCUUCAGUAGGAUAAUGAAUGUCUGGAAAAAUAUCUCCACCAUCGCCAGCGUCGUCGCCAUCGCCAAAAACACCCGCCCUGACGCCGUGCCCCCCUAGGUCGUCGGCCCCCGUCUCCCGUUGGCAUCUGACCACAAGUCGCCGCCGGCCGGGUUUACUGGCCCCUUCUGACGACAACCGACAACCCUACAGAAAUCUCGAGAUCCAGCACUCGACACCCGAGCCAGGACUACCACGCCUCGCCUCACCCCAGGAUCUCGUCAUCUUCUGAGUGUGCGUGCGCAUGUGCGUGCGUGCGUGCGUUCCCCGGAGUCCCCUGGAGUCCCCUGGAGUCCCUGUAGGAUAACCUCGGACCCGCUGUUACCCCUCCACCCUCCCGCCCGCCCGCCUGCUCAUCCCAUCUGAUCCGUCGUCUAUUAUUAUUAUCCCGCCUCCACCACAUGAGCCUGCGGGUCAGCAUGUCGCCCUCAUCCACCGGGGGCUCUCCCCACUCGACAACCGCCACAGCAACGGCCAGCGCCGUCAGGCCCUUCCCAGUGCCCACCAGGGACAACUUCUCAAUCGAAAUGCCCACCCCUCUGAUGGCUUCUACAAAUGGCUCCGGGGCUGGGCCCAAGUCCCCCACCGCCGUCAAGAACCAGCGCCAGGGCAGCUUCGGCCGUGACGGCAACGCCCUCGGCCCGCCAAACAAGGCCCGCCACCUGUCCCAGUCGUCCGAAAACCGCCCGGAGCCUUCUUCGGUGAGCAUGCAGAAGGACGACAGCGAGGACAGCGUGAACCCCCUGAAGCGCAGAAACACCGACGCCGGGGUCGACUACCCCCGGAGGAGGGCCACCAUCGCCUGCGAGGUCUGCCGCUCCAGGAAGUCGAGAUGUGACGGCACCAAGCCAAAGUGCAAGCUGUGCACAGAGCUCGGCGCCGAGUGCGUCUACCGUGAGCCCGGCAUCAAGCUCGAUGCCGGCGACAAGCUGAUCCUCGAGCGCCUGAGCCGCAUCGAGAGCCUGCUCCAGAUAAACCUCGUAAACCAGUCAAACGGUAUCAACAUCGGCCAGGGCUCGCCCAACCUGAGCAGUGGCACCACCGCCCUCAGCGGCGAGAACCUGCUGGUCCAGAGCGCCACCGGUAACUUCAGCUCCGUCAUCCUCAGCGGCGGCAUGGGCACUUGGACCCCCAACAAUACAAACAUUUCGACAAUGCCAAAGAUACACACCAAUGCCGCCCUCCACCUCCUGCAGUGGCCUCUGAUCCGUGACCUGGUCUCCCGCCCCUACGACCCCCAGAUCCUCCUCCAGCUGGAAAUGGCCAGGGAGCCCUUGCACUCCCUGACAAAGACCCCUUGCGUCGACCUUUCCAACACAACUGCCUACAUCGAGGCCUAUUUUGAACGGGUCAAUAUCUGGUAUGCCUGCGUGAACCCUUACACCUGGAGGAGCCACUACCGCCUGGCCCUGUCCAACGGCUUCCGAGAGGGCGCAGAGAGCUGUAUCGUCCUGCUCGUCCUCGCGCUUGGCCAGGCAAGCCUCCGUGGUAGCAUUUCCAGGGUCGUCCCGCAAGAGGACCCUCCAGGCCUGCAGUACUUCACCGCCGCAUGGGCUCUGCUCCCGGGCAUGAUGACUUCCAAUAAUGUCCUCGCUGCGCAAUGCCACCUUCUUGCCUCCGCCUACCUCUUCUACCUCGUCCGGCCCCUCGAGGCCUGGAACCUGCUAUGCACGACCAGCAACAAGCUCCAACUGCUCCUGAUGUCGCCAAACAGGAUCCCGCCUGACCAGAGGGAAUUGACGGAGCGCAUAUACUGGAAUUCCCUGCUCUGUGAGAGCGAUCUACUGGCAGAACUCGACCUUCCACAUUCAGGGGUCGUGCAUUUUGAGGAAAACGUCGGCCUUCCAGGUGGAUUUGAGGGCGACGAGAACGAGGCCGUGGGACGCGACGACCUCUGGUACUUCCUCGCAGAGAUAGCACUACGGCGACUCCUGAACAGGGUCAGCCAGCUCAUCUACUCCAAGGAUUCCAUGGCAACGACCACCAGCCUCGAGCCCGUCGUGGCCGAGCUCGACUUCCAGCUGACCCAGUGGUAUGAGAGCCUGCCGCUGCCACUGCAGUUCCCUUUUACCCGGACGUUACUGCCGGAUCCUGUGCAGACGGUCCUCCGACUACGCUUUUUUGCAUGCCGGACAAUCAUAUACAGGCCAUACAUCCUGGCUGUCCUCGACAACGAGCAAGCUGUGCUGGACCCUGCCGUACGCGACAGCUGUCAUAAAUGCCUGGAAGCCUCUAUCCGCCAGUUGGAGCACAUCUCUGCCCAUCACGUUGGGCAUAUGCCUUACCUCUGGCAAGGGGCGCUUUCAAUUGUAUCCCAAACACUCCUGGUCAUGGGAGCUACGAUGUCACCGUCUCUGUCCAACAUCUUGAUGGCGCUGGUCCCCCACGGAGACAGCAUCGAUCGAAUCAUCAAUGAGGUUGUCAUGGAAAUCGAGCGAUACGCUGUUCUAGCUCCCAGUCUAAGUUUGGCUGCCGAAAUCAUCAAAGAAGCCGAGGUCAGGCGGAGGACGUUUCUCAGUGGCUGAGGCAGUCAAUGAUACACCGCGUGCCUCCCUCUCUGUGGGCCUAAUUGCCUCGCUGCUGUCUGCACAGCCCGCCCUGCGGCCUCGGGAAAGACGUCACUAUCGACCAAUUUCCUCGACGACAAUCAAUGCCGACAGAAUACCACGGAAAUUAAAUCCAUAUGUCAGCGGGACUUCGACAAUUGCUUUAUGACAGCCGGGUCUUCCCAAACCGUCACACGAAAUCCCGCUGGAACCAACCAUAUCGGGACUCAUCUUGCCACGUUCAAUUAAACCUGGUUCCUCGGCGCAUACGUGGGGUGUGUGGUAACACCCCCCGCCUACUCAAUCAAAUUAAUCACGUUCAAAAACGGGCGGGCGCUGAUCUGACGGCCUUCGAUACUCACUGACGCAAGGAACCUUGCGUCACGCAUGCAUUUUCAACGAAGACAACCAUCGGGUUGCACACUCAGGCAAGUGGGAGUCGACGGAGGAUGGGAAAGGGUGGCCCGCCAGCAAAGCAACGCCGAACAAAGGCCCGAGCUGGAAACGAUCUGACGAACUCCCAUUCUCGGCAGUGGGAGUAGCAGUUGAGGUUGGCAGAUCUGAGCGCUAAGAAGUGACAGCCAAAAUCCUGGUUUCGACAAGGGAAUCGAGAAGAACCCUGAGGGGAGCCUGGGGUCGUGGUUGCACCGUGGAAAUAACGAGGCGUGGUUGGCGGACGAUUUCCGGCUGACGGCCCGAUAUUGCCGGCCACCAACCCCUCCCAAGACUCUUUAAUACACCAUACGGACAUUCUGGAGCCUUAUUCGAAUGCCAGUCGAGCGCCUGCAGCUUCGUCAUCAUUAUGAGAAGUCGUGUGUGACGUCCACACGGCGCCCUUCCCCAAGGGACGCGAUCUGACAUUCUGAUCAACGGGGGUCCAGCUCCGUGGCCGCCACUGCAGCAACCAUCGGCGUCACAUGACCGGUCACGCAGCCAAGUGCUGCGAUUCGACAUACCACGACGCCAGCUGUUUUGCUGCCGCCGCAGAUCAUCGGGCGCGGCACGGCAGCACGGCCAUUGCAAGGGCGCGAGCCAUUUGGCCAUGAAUCACCACAGGCAGCAGUCAGCUAUAUAGCGGCUGCACAGUCAUCAACGGUGUGGCGAGGCAAAUAAGUUAGGAGGCCGGCUGCAGGGGCGAUCGAAGCCCAGCAGCUUCAGGGUGGCUGAAUGCUACCACCAGGAGGCGAGGAGGAGAUGAAUUGGGCCAGUCAUGGGACACUGAAUCCGAAGCUGUCAGCCCACAUCCGGGUCGCUCAGGCGCCUUGAACCCCUUCCGAUGAGACGAGCUAGACCCUUGCCUUCUGAGCGAUUCCGAGCAGUCAGGCAGUGUCGACGGGUCCAAGGAUCCAUAGUGGGAGGGGCAAAUGGGAUGAAUGCUGAGCACGUGGGGAGUGGAAGGUUUCCCUUGUCUUUUCAAGCAGUUAAGAGUUGUUCUACCGCGAGGUUUUGUCUUGGCCUUUGGGAGUCCCAACCGCGCGGCAUGCUGGUUCAUGCCAUGUAUGUAUAUGUGUGUGGGCAGACCCAGGCUCUGUCAUCAUCGUCAUUAUCAUCAUCCUACCUUCCUAUGUAGGCAGUUUGCAUUGGUAGAUACUGAGCAAAGCCGCUUGGCAGAUGUGCUGUGUGGAAGUUCACCAUCUCCACAAAGCGAUAUGAACGACAAGCAUUUUUCCGUCUAUGUCCUGUCCUUCUCCGACACUGCCAGAUUUUGCCCUGCCCAGCCCUUCCAAGCAAUCCUCCAUGCCCGAUCCUGUCAGCCACGCCGAC